AUGGCCGUGGAUAUUAUCUGCAUAGAGGAGAACACAAGCCCUCGACUAUCCUUCUCUUAUGACAUUAAUAAUCAAGAAACCAAAUUCCAUGAAUCUUCUAAACCAUACAACAACACCAACACCAACAACUCCGACUUCAAUUUCCCAGAAGUCACCGGAGAAGACCUAUCUCCAGCCGACGAACUCUUCUUCCAAGGACGAAUCAAACCCUUAAUACAAAUCAGCCACAAUUUCACCACAACCCAUCACAAAAACCCUAAAUCAGACACACUUAAAAAUCUCAUGGAAGAAAGUCCCAACAGAGUUGACUCUUCACCAGUUAAACCGCCAUUGAAGUUCCUUUGGACCGGUGUUAGAAGAAGCAGCAGCCUCCAUUGUGAAAAUACCAACAAGAAAACAUCAUCAUUUUGGUCAUUGUCUCUCCUUUCAAGAAGCAAGUCAACCGGGUCGGUUUCGAAUUCAAAACAGAAGAACACUCAUUCGCCAAAACCGGGAAGGAGGAAUCAAUCUUCAUCUUCUUCGAGCUUUAGUAUGUAUAGUUUCAAUCAGAAAUCUCCUCCAAAGAAGAAGGACUACGGAAAUGGAGUUCGGGUCAACCCGGUUCUUAAUUUACCUCCUAAUCCUUCAAAGGGGAGUCUUAGUUUUUGUUCUUUGUUUGGAAGCACCAUUAAUGGAAAGUACAUCAAGAACAAAAAGUGA